AAAAAUGUUGGAUGAUUUUAUCAAAGAGUUUGAUGAGAAGAAUCCUGGAUUGUUUGCCAGGGUUGAUAUUCCAAUAGGCACUAAACUGAUGAAGAUUACAGGACAAGUUAUAGGGUUUGAGAAUGCUAAGGAGAGUGAUUUAUUUGCCCAGAUCGAGGAUGUCGAGAAAAAAGAAUUUGUUGAUCUCAGGAACUGUGAAAUCAGAAACAUCACAGAUUCAGAAAGGCCAACCUUUGCUGACAGCGGAUACAAAACAUACAAGAAUAUGCACAUCAAUCUACAAGUCUACAGGAAAUCAGAUUCAAACACAGCAUUGGUUAAGUUGAAUGAUGAGAUAUGGUUAAGUGCAAUGCAACCAAUAAAAGCCAACCAGGAGCUAAGCUUGAAGUUUGGAGAUGUCUACUGGCUGUAUCAAGCUGGGAAGAGUGAGAAUAUACAGGUUCGAGUAGUUGCACAAAUAUACCUAGACCAGACUAUCGAAUCCAGCAAAGGAAUUUCAACCUGGAGAACCUGGACAGUACCUGAAUGUGAGGAGUAUCUAGCAGGAUUAAAAAUUGAUCAACAUGGUGAGUUUGUCAAGAGUCUUCAUGUAGAAGGAUAUAACGCCAGACUAAUUCUGUACAGAAUUUUGCAAGCUGUUGGAUAUAUCCAACCCCCGUCAGGAGCAGACUAUCAAAAGUUUCCGGAAACUCUGAGAACCAUUGCUCACCAAUCUAGAGACCUCUGCUUUUGGCCUGUUCAAAUAGGACCGUCUUCAGAAGAGACAGAGAAGAUGAGACAAAGAAUGAUGGAUUGUAUUGAGUAUGGACCUAACGCAAGUUGGAUACCUUUCCCUAAAUCAAAACAACUCUAUUUAGCAGCAAAAAAUAACAACUUGGACCUCGCCAAAGAAGCAGGGAGGGAUGGUAACAUCAAUGCUUAUGGAACAUGCAACCACUGGACCCCACUACAUGUUGCAUGUUAUCAUGGGUCUCUAGAAGUGGUGAACUAUCUUCUGAAUAAAGAAGCUGUGUUCAAUGCUAAAGACAAGAACGGACAACUUCCUGUUGAUCUAGCAGAACAACAAGGACACCUUGAUGUAGCUCAAUCCAUCCUUGCCACUUAUACUCGGCACAGUCUGCUUGUUACUACUGUCCAAAGGUUGACCCCUGAUGUUAAUGAGAAUACAGAUGAAGAAGAACUUGUUAAGGAGAAGAAACUGAAAGGCAAUGAAGCCUUUAGAUCAGGAAAUUAUAAAGAAGCUUACAAACUUUACUCCGAAGGGUUGAAGUCCUGCCAAUUGAAGAAUUCGGAGAAAAUAAUCCUUUUAUCAAAUAGAGCUCAAGUAUUGAUCCAGGCUAAAGCUUACAACUUUGCUCUCCAUGACAUCAGAGAAGUUUUACUUCUGGACCCGACACAUGAAAAGACACUUCUAAGAAUGGCACAUUGUUAUGAAACCAUCGAUGCAACCAAAACUUUAGAGGUUCUGGACCUAAUGAUGUACUGCACAGUUCCUGAUAAACUAGUUCAUGAAAGGAGAAGAUAUCAUUCUCUCAAGUCAAUCCUAAACGUUGAAGUCAAGAAUGAUAGACAGGAAAAACAAAAUGUUCCUGACAAAGAAAUGAGCUCCUCUGAAGCAAGAGUUUCAAUUCUUGGACAGGAGUAUACUCUGGAAAAUAUUCCGAUGGAAAGCCUUUUGGAGCUGAGUUUAGAAUCUCUUCUGGAAUUGGAUGCCAGGAUUCAACAACAUGAGAAUUCAAGAUAAAUAAAGUCGUCUUGGAAAAACAUGUAAUUACGAGAGAAUAAAUAUUUUUUAUAUUUGA